AUGUUUGGUUCGCAAAUUGACGCGUUUCAAGGCCACCAUAAAUGGCCCUGGACGAUUACCAAACGUCAGUUUGCGAAUAACUUACAUGCGUUAGCACGUGUUAUAACGUAUACAGUGGUACCAAUUGAUUUGAUCGGUCAUGAUCAACCGGUGGUGAUGGGAUUUGUGGGGAUGGCUAGUGGAUGCAUCAUGUUUAGCCAGUUGUUCCAUUCUUGGGCUCAUGGAACUAAAAGCAAGCUGCCGCCAGUAGUGGUGGUGCUGCAAGAUGCGGGAGUGUUGGUAUCCCGAUCGCAACACGCCGCCCACCACCGGCCACCUUAUAACAACAAUUACUGCAUUCUUGGUCUCCGGCCACGGUCAUGGAGUGAACCCAACUCCGAUUGGACGGAGGAGGCAGAGACUUUUUCAACAACUUCUCUGCCAUAA